GAAAGAAAGAAAGAAAGAAAGAAAGAAAGAAAGAAAGAAAGAAAGAAAGAAAGAAAGAAAGAAAGAAAGAAAGAAAGAAAGAAAGAAUAUUCAACUAACCUUGAUUUCACUCUAGAACCAAGGCUUUGAACAUUUUUUGUUGGCAUCUAAAUAAUUCCAUAUCACCUUCCACCAGCUGUUUGUUAAAUCAGUGAACCCAUUUUCUCACAGGCUGGGUAGUAUUAAAUUUUGCAUAGGCUGGUACUUCAGAGUUGUUUUCGUUUUCAUGUGUAUUUCUCCCCUUCUUUGGGACUGUAAGAGACUACUAAUGAGAAAUACCACAUGUACCCUCAAACCCAGGUGACAUAUUAACCUAUAUGUUCUCUGAGCUGCUUUCUGCGCUUUCAUUUCUACUUUUUCUUAUAAGGGCUAUUCUUCUAAGAAAGAGCAGGGAGAGAGAUAUUUGGAAGGAAGGGUGAGAAAAACAGCAGAUAUCAAGUAAAAUGGAAGACUUUUAAAAAGCAGAAAGGUACUUGUUCACAUCCUAGUCAAUUGAGGAAUGAUUCUUAUUCCUAUCAAAUGGUGUCAGUUCCCUAUAGAUUGUCAUAGUUGUCAAGGCAACAAGCAUGAGCUAAGCACUUAACUAUGUACCAGACACUAGGCUAAGAUCUGGGGGUAUCAAGAAAAGCCAGUACAGUCUCUGCCCUCAAGGAGCUCAUAUUCUAAUGGGGGAGACAUGCAAACAACUCUAGAUCUACAGGGUAUGUUCAGGGUAAACUGGAAGACAUCUCAGAGAGAGCACCAGUACUGAGGUGGCAGGAGAGAGUUAUACCAAGAGAGGCCUCUUACAGAAGGCUGGAUUAGAACAGUGUUUUGGAGGAAGCCAUGGAAGUUAGUAGGCUGAGAAGAGGAGGAAGAGUAUUCUAGGCAAGAGAGAUAGCCAAUGCACCUGAAAUUUUGUCUAUUAGGGCCUUAGUUAUUCCUUGGAGCUUAUGCUGUUUUUUGCUUUUUUCUUGCUUCUAAAAAAGUUUUAAUUGAUUUCUUUUGUUUCUGCCAUCCCCAUAGUUUUCCCCAGGAUCCUGCCUCCACCUAUCUCAAAGAGCCUUCAAUUUUUUUAAGACAAAAAAAAAGAAAGAAAAGGAAAGAAAUAUGUCCUAACUUAUUAAUACACUAGAAAGCAUGUACAAUGUACAACACUCAUGGGCCUCCUACCUCUGCAAAAGGGUGAGGUGAUUGUGUCUAGACUCUAUAUUCUUUCAAAACAAAUUCCACCCCCCACCCCCCAGCUGCCCUAUUAUAUGAUUCAUGGUGGUUAGUUGGGGAGUGGCCCAUGCCCACAGUCCCCUCUUCUUCUGGAGAGGACAGAGGCAGUGAGUCCAGGAGUUCUGAGCUGGUCAGGCGUCACACUAAAUUCAGCAUUAUUAGAGACCCCUGAAAAGUAGAGGGAUACCUGAGGACGGACAAAUGGGCCCAGAUCAGAAGUUAAAGCUUUGGUGCUGAUCAGGUGAGCUGCACUUCUAGCCUGGGCGAGAUUUAGAGUCCAAAUCUCAGAAGAAAAAAAAAAAAGAUUCAUAGUUAAAUUGAACUACAGAAAUAAUCUCAGCCUGCUGUCAGUGGUUAAAGUCCAAAGAGGAACACAUUGCCUCCUUACCUGUGUAAGUCACUUUAUUCCAGGGAAUACAAGGGAAAAUGAGGCUGGCUUCCCUGAAUCUGCUUCAUGUUUCUGGGAAGUCUAACAGGAAAUGUUAAAAAUGUGCCUUGCUUGAAAUAGGGCCAGGAAAAAAACAUCUAAAAGCGAAACUAACUGUUUUGGUUAACACCCUUCUCCUUGUGGGAGAACUUUCUGUCAUUGCAAAAAAAAAUAUUGCCUGUUUAAAGGUUAUAGAUGAUCAGAAGUGCAUUGCUUUCAUAUCAGAUAAGAUUUUCUUAGAAGAGACCUUCUGGCGGGACAGUCCAGAAUAUUUCAAGGCUGGAAAGGAUCUGAAGGAAUUUUUUCCUCCCUAGGAAUACCAGUAUUCCCUUUCUGCAUGGUGAACAUUCACAAUUGCUUUUUUUUUUUUGCAAAAGUCCAUGUUAGAAAGAUACAAUGGGAAUAAGAAGAUGCUUGUUGGAUUCAAAUGCUACUUAACCCUCAAGACUAGUCAAGGAGAGAAAAUAGUACAAGAAGAACCAAGCAUAGGACCCAGAACACCAGGGUUCAAAUCCUGACUCUGGCAUUUUCUCCCUAAGUGAUCUUGGACAAGUCAUUUAACUCUUCUGGAGUUUGGUUUCUUUACUGGUGCACUGAAGAGGCUCAACCAAAUGAUCUGUAAGGUCCCAUUGCCACUUUAAAUCUGUUAUCUUGUGACCAUCAGAACCAGGAAGCUGGAAAGUUCACUUUCUUUUAUUGAACAGAGAAAUUUCUCUUGAGAUCUAUCUGGAUAAAACUGAAGAAGACAGCUUGGAACAGGGUGAGAGUUGCUUUCAAAGAAGGUGGCUACAAUGAAAUGCAUUUUGUAGGUCUUUCUUCCUCUCUCAGUUUGAUGGGGACUUGCUUCUCUGAAGAUAAAGCAAAGGAAAAUUCCAUAGAAAGAAUAUCCACACACGAUGGCCUUGGCGAGUACAAUGCAGAUACCAGCUCUUGGCCGUCCCUUAUAUCUGGGUACACUCUAUGACUGCCGCACAGAUACCUUCAUCCCUGGCAUCACUUUGUGGGACAGGGAGACCCUCGAGAGCAAUGUAACAAGAGAAGAGCAAUACAAGACUGAAUUUGAUAUCCUCACCUCUGACUCUCUUGGUGCAAAGACUAAUGCCAUGAACAUCCAUGGAGAUCUGAAAGCAAGUGUCCUCGGGGGGAUGGUUGAUAUAGGAGGCUCUGCCAAAUAUUUACAUGACACCAAGACAUCUAAAAAGCUAGUCCGAAUGACUCUCAAGUACAGUAUGACCACACAGUACUGUCAUUUAACAAUGAACCACCUGGGAUAUCAGAAUAUCUCUUAUCCUGAUGUGUUUGAUAAAGGGACAGCCACCCACGUGGUCAUUGCAGUGCUCUAUGGGGCUCAGGCUUUCUUUGUGUUUGAUCAAAAAGUUUCCACUAAUGAAAGGGACAAGGACAUAGAAGGAUCAUUGAAGGCUGAAGUAGAGAAGAUUCCCAAAGUAGCAAUAAAUUUAGGAGGAGAAAUUAAAAAGGAGAAUAAUGAGAAAAUAUCAAGUCAGGAAUUCAAGUGUACCUUUUAUGGGGAUUUUGUUCUUGAGAACAAUCCAGUGACUUAUGAAGAUGCAGUAAAAAUCUAUUCCUCCCUUCCAAAGUUGCUUAGGGGCCAUGGAGUGCCACUUCAAGUCUGGUUGUACCCUCUGGAGAAGCUGAACUCCAAGGCAGCCAAGCUAGCUCGAGGGAUCAGCAUUAGCUUGAUAUGUGAGGCCCAGGACACUCUCGAGGAGUUAUGUGAGUAUAACAAGAAGUGUAAUGACAUGUUGAAGGCAUCAGAGCUCUUCGUUUUUUGUGCAACCAAGGAAAAACUCAGGCUAUUCCAAGAGCUAAAUAAGCAGCACAGACAGAUUUUACAAAAGGAAAUAGCCAUGGUGUUACCCCUGAUCCGGAUGGGCAGAACAGAGGAAGAUAAGCUAGCCAACACUUUAACAAGGGAAAGCCAGUCCCCAUUCAGCUCUAGGAGGCUCUCAGAAUUCCUAGAUCAGAUGUCCCUUGAGAUAAAGGUGGUAAAUUUCUACCUCACCCUUCUGAAGGAGGUGAGAGUCAUAGCUGACCAGAAUGAGUUAGAGGAUAUGGUACUAGGCUCUCCCCACCAAUUUGUCUUAGUGUUUGCAUUCACUUUUUUGCAUGAGGAACCCUUCUUAGCAGAUUGGAAACAGUGGCUUAGGAAUCCAGAUUCAUCCAGUCCUAGAUGUGAGCAAAAGGCAUAUUCCUCUUGGGUGAAGGACAAUGAGACAAGGAAAAAAGUAAAUCAAUUGGCAGAAUCCUUUUCCAAAUUUGCCAAGGCAAAUCAUUCCAGUGAAAAGACUCAGCUCCUUGUGGCAUCUGUCGCAGACCAAGAGACCAAGGGGGUCUCCAUUCACCUCUAUGAAAAGGGACUUCUGGUCAGCACCAGCUUUGAGCUACCAGUCAAACCUCCCCCUCCCCAGAUUGGUGGAGUCACACAUGAUUGUGUAGAGCUCAUAUUGACCUCAGCAUCUGGGAAGAAUAAGAUCACUGGUUAUCAAGUUGAGUACCAAGUUGUAGGAGAAGAUGACUGGACCACCAUCCCUGUGUCUGGAAAGCCAGAGGAGUUCAAAGUGAGGGGGCUACAGCCUAGCACAGAGUAUGUGUUCCAGUGUGCUAAUGUGUGUGAAGUAGGACGGGGUGAAAGCAGUGAUGUGAGCUGUGCUGUGAGAACACUUCCUCCUACCAGCCCUCCUGGGAAGCCAAAAGCUGUUGCGGUGGGGCCACAGUGUGUAAGCCUCCAGUGGCAGGGUCCACGUGUUGUUGGAGCAGGAGUCAAGAUCAAAGAAUACAGAAUAGAGUAUAGAGAGAAGACUGAGGCUGUGAGUGAGGAGGGGGAAGGUGAAUGGUGUGAACACAGAACCGGAAAUGAUAAGAUGGAUUGUGUCAUUGAUGGACUGACACCUCAGACUGUGUACUGGUUCCGAGUUUCAGCUGUGUAUGACAGCAGCUGGAGAAGUGAGAGCAGUGAGAAGAGUGACCCAGUGAUGACCCUCUCUACCACAGAGGAAGCUACAGACUCUGACCCAGACACCAGCAGAGGAGACUCAAGGGAGCAAGAACUCAGAAUUGUCCUCGUGGGGAAAACGGGAGCUGGGAAAAGUGCCACAGGGAAUACCAUCCUGGGCAGGAAAGAGUUUGAAUCCACAAUCUCAGGAGGGUCAGUCACUAAGAGGUGCAAGAAAGUCCAGACCAAUUGGAAAGGAAGGCAGGUUUCUGUAGUUGAUACUCCAGGCAUUUUUGACACGAACACCCCAGAGCGAGACAAUUUAAAUGAAAUAGCCGGUUUCAUGACAUUCUCCUCUCCAGGCCCACAUGCUCUCCUCCUAGUGUUGAGAGUGGGUCGUUUCACAGCUGAGGAGAAGGCAGCCAUUGAGAGGCUUUAUUCUCUUCUAGGAGCUGAUGCAGUCAGGUUUUUGAUCAUUGUAUUCACUGGGAAAGAUCAGCUAGAAGGACUAAGUAUAAGGGAUUAUGUAGAAUCCAUUCCAGACCCCUAUUUCAAUGAAUUGAGGAAGAAGUGUGGAAACCGAUAUUGCUCACUUGACAAUAGGGCAAGAGGAGCUCAGAGGGAUGCCCAGGUUUCAGAGCUGAUGGCCAUGAUUGUUAGCAUGGUGCAAGAGAAUGGAAACACCCACUACACCAACAAUGUAUAUCAAUCGGUGGAAGACUAUCUCCAGAAGAAGACACAGGAAAGUGUGGAAUACAUCAAGAUGCAGCAUCAGAGGGAAAUGGCAGAAAUUAGGCAAAGGUAUUCGGGUGAGGAACAGAGGAAAAAAACCCAGGAAGCCAAAGAAAAGUACCAGAAAAGGAAGCAGGAAGCUAGGAAGAAUGCUGAGAGUAAUUACAGGGUCAUUCACCUAGUGGUUGAGAUUAUUCUGGUCAUUGUUGCAGCAUGGGUUAGGAUGAAGAUGUUCAGGUAGACCUACUAACACCCAGAAUUCUUUUCAUAUGUAGUUCCACUCUGGCCUGCAUUCAUAGAGACAAACUUUUCCAGGGAGAAGAGUAGUAAGAGCUAGGCAACUAGAGUUAAGCAACUUGCCCAGGGUCACCCAGCUAAGAAAUAUCUGAGGCUAGAUUUGAACCCAGAAUCUCCAACUUUGCCCCCGAGAUAUACUGUCCUAAAACGAUGCACAACCCAGCAGCGGGAAGGCUUCACAAACCAUUUAUUUCUGAGCCUCUUUUUUCUCAUCAGAUCCCAAGACUCUUAUAGGAUUAUUCAAUCUUUAAUCAACCCCAAAGGAAAGUCUGAGUGGGGGGAAAAAGAAAUAAAGCAUAAGGACUGAAAAUUUAAAGUUAAUUAGAAGGAACAGAAAGAUGAAUAAUAAAAUAUGCAGAGAUUGGGGUUUUUAAUAGAGUUGUGAAAAAGUUUCUAUAUAAAUCAUUCUUUAUUUUAAAAGCAUCCUUUACAGACCUGGAGACUCUGUUAGUCUAGAAAACUAAGAAUCAAUUUUAUUCUAAUUACUAUAUUCCCCAAACUAAUUUUUUUAGAUUUUUGGAAAUAUGAAGUACUGAAAAAAAUUUUUAAUUAGGAGAAAAAAUAACUUGCCUUGGCUCUAUAAGAAAAAAAAAAUCAUUCUCUUUUUUAGGGUUGUUUAAGAUUUUUCUCUGGUUUUCUGACUAACUUCUUUUAUGGCAUUCUAUGUUUUUAUGGUUUGUCUUAUUCUUGUUCCUGUUUAUUCAGUAUUGAUAAACUAUAACUUGUCAUGGUUCAGGUUAUUCUUUUUUACUUAUUCUGAUUUUGCUAGGAUUUUGCCUUACUAAUUUGCUAUUUUAUUGAUUUGUCUCUCUGCUCUUUUCUUUUUUAAAAAUCAGAUUUGCUGUGUUUAAUUUUGUUGAUCUUUUAAAAGAGCCAAUUUUUAGUUUUAUCAAUUACAUGAGUUUUCUGUUGCCAUUUUAGCUACUUCUCAUCUAAUUUCAAAGACUGUUUUUGUACUCAUUUUAACUUUGUUUUAUAAUCUUUCAAAAUGCAUAUUCACUUUUUAAUCCUCUCUUUUCUGUUUUGAUUACAUAUGAUUAUGAAGAUAUGAUUUUUCUCCUAAGGAAUGCUUUAAAGGCAUCCUUUAUACAGAAAUUUUUGUAUGUGUUUCAUGAAUAUAUUUUCCUUUACAUUGUUUUUCAGUGUUUCUGUUCUAUUUCAUAUGUUUUUGACCCAACCUCUAUUUUAAAUUUCAUAAUAUAUCAAUAUAAAAUAUCAAUAAAUCAAAAUUUAAUGUGAAA